GCCUCCCCUUCCCUCUCGAAAGCUUUCGGGUUCGGCGCCUGUCCCUCUUCCGAGUCUUCUGCUUCUACUCUCAAAAUCGCGAAAGGCUUUCGGUCGCGAGAGAGCUCAGGGUUUGCCGUUUGCGUUCGUUUUCUAAACUCUACUUCUAUUUGUCCUCGGCGAGUCAGCGUUGGCUCGAUUGCUCGGUAUUCUUGCUUGGUUGCUGGAUAUUCUUGCCUGGUUGCUGGAUAUUCUUGCCUGGUUGCUUGUUUGGCUACAGAGGCGUUAUCUUUGAGUAUCUUUCCUUUAAUAUUUCAUAUUUAUCUUCAGGUUUCAUAUAGUGAUAUGGCUGGUUGAGAACCUUUAUGCUAUUAUGGAUGAAAAAGUUCAUGUUGUUGAUAUUAAUAGGACGGCUGAUGUUUUGGCACCUGAGACUGGUGUUAAAGGCGGAUUGAGCUUGCCAAAUAAGGAACGGCCGCUCUUUAGAAUCCAAGAAAAAAAAUCUGUUCUGGGCUUGGAUGUAUUAGCUAGAGCUAAAAAGGCAUCCAAAGGUGUUGAAGAAUUUAAAGUUCCUUCAGAAAGAACCAUAUCAGCAGUUGCAUCAUUGGAUGAGGAUGAGAAGUCUGGUUCCUAUGGAUCAGAGGAUUUUGGAAGUAAAUCUUCCUUCAGUGUCCAUUCUCAUGCUUCCCGUCGCUACCGUGGAACCAUAGUUGAAGAGAAGUCACAAAUAUCAUCUGAGUUGACUAAUGAGGAGUUGACUAAUGAAGUUAUAGGAGGCUAUGCAUCUCGCCCGGAGGUUUCAAUAGAGUCUACAAGUCGAAAGACUAGAAUCUAUAAUAAGAAUGUAUAA